UCGGUUUCUAUAGAGACACUUCCUGUGGCAGAGAAAAGAGGUAGUGAGCUGGUGUUUCAGGAUGUGAGGGCCCGCAGGAGCAGACCUGGGUUCUCUCUGUCAUCUGCCCGUCAUCGUGCAAGCUCUGGCCGGAGCUGCCCGCAGUCCCCAUGGUGGGCGCCCCUCGCGGCGGGGACCCGUGAAGAGCAGCGGCAUGCCAGGGAAGCCCAAGCACCUGGGUGUCCCCAAUGGACGCAUGGUUCUGGCUGUCUCCGAUGGAGAGCUGAGCAGCACGACUGGGCCCCAGGGCCAGGGCGAGGGCCGAGGCAGCUCCCUCAGCAUCCACAGCCUCCCCAGUGGCCCCAGCAGCCCCUUCCCCACCGAGGAGCAGCCUGUGGCCAGCUGGGGCCUGUCCUUCGAGCGGCUGCUACAGGACCCACUGGGCCUGGCUUACUUCACCGAGUUCCUGAAGAAGGAGUUCAGUGCUGAGAAUGUGACUUUCUGGAAGGCCUGCGAGCGCUUCCAGCAGAUCCCGGCCAGCGACACCCAGCAGUUAGCUCAGGAGGCCCGCAACAUCUACCAGGAGUUCCUGUCCAGCCAGGCGCUGAGCCCCGUGAACAUCGACCGGCAAGCCUGGCUCGGCGAGGAGGUGCUGGCAGAACCGCGACCGGACAUGUUCCGCGCCCAGCAGCUUCAGAUCUUCAACUUGAUGAAGUUCGACAGCUAUGCGCGCUUCGUCAAAUCCCCUCUGUACCGCGAGUGCCUCCUGGCGGAGGCCGAGGGUCGCCCUCUGCGGGAACCUGGCUCCUGGCGCCCCGGCAGCCCAGACGCCACGAGGAAGAAGCCGAAGCUGAAGCCCGGGAAGUCGCUGCCGCUGGGCGUGGAGGAGCUGGGGCAGCUGCCGCCUGCUGAGGGCCGCCAGCUCCGCAAGUCCUUCCGCAGGGAACUAGCCGGCGGGACGGCCAACUCAGCCUUGCGCCGUGAGUCCCAGGGAUCGCUCAACUCCUCCGCCAGUCUGGACCUGGGCUACCUUGCCUUUACCAGCAGCAAAUCUGAGAGCCACCGGAAGAGCCUUGGGAGCUCAGAAUGUGAGAAUGAAAGCCGACCAGGGAAGUACUGCUGCGUAUACCUGCCUGAUGGCACAGCCUCCUUGGCCCUGGCCCGACCCGGCCUCACCAUCCGUGACAUGCUGGCAGGCAUCUGUGAAAAACGAGGCCUCUCUCUACCUGACAUCAAGGUCUACCUGGUGGGCAAUGAGCAGAAGGCCCUAGUCCUGGAUCAGGACUGUACCGUGCUGGCAGACCAGGAAGUGCGGCUGGAGAACAGAAUCACCCUCGAGCUCGAGGUGUCGGCGCUGGAGCGCCUGGUGCGGAUCUCGGCCAAGCCCACCAAGCGGCUGCAGGAGGCGCUACAGCCCAUCCUGACAAAGCACGGCCUGAGCCCGCAUCAGGUGGCGCUGCGCCUGCCAGGCGAGAAGCAGCCGCUGGAUCUGGAGAAGCUAGUGAGUUCGGUGGCCUCCCAGAGAUUGGUUUUGGACACUCUCCCAGGUGUGAAGAUCCCUGAGGCUGGCGACAUACCCCCCUGCCACAGCCAGGGUGGACCGCCUAGAAUCCAGGACAAGGCCACCAACCUCCCUCCACCGUCCCUGAACUCACUGGCCCAAGUGCCCAGUAGUAUCACUGGAAAGCGGCAGACCUGUGACAUUGAAGGACUGGUGGAGCUGCUGAACCGAGUACAGAGCUGUGGAGCCCAUGACCAGAGGGGCCUUCUGCGCAAAGAGGACCUAGUGCUUCCAGAAUUUCUGCAGCUGCCUGCCCAAGGACCCAACUCCCAGCAGCCUGAACCCCAAGUGGAAUCAGCAGCCCAGCCCAAGGGGAGCGCUUCGGACUCCACUGUCCACUCUGCCCUCUGACAGCUACCCAAAAGUCCAGGCCGGCUGCAUGGCACCUGGCGGGCCAAGCAUGCCAUGGGCCCGCUCUGCAUGCCGUGUCUGUGCCAUGAGUGUCCCUGGCCCCUUCCUGCCACGGGCAGGCCCGCAGGAAGAGGUGGGAGGGGCAGAGAGGAGACUCAGAGGAGUGACACCCCACAGCUGGCACCUCUUGGUCCCUUAACGGGCUUGCUCAUCCAGCCCUCGCUGCCAGGCCACCAGGGGGAGGUGGGCCUAGCCCCCAGUGCAGGUGUGCCCAGCGCGGAGGGGAGGCAUUGGCAGUGCCAGCCUCCCCACCGCGUGCCAGGCCUCAGCAGGGAGCAGGAGGAGGGGCUGGCCCCUCUUCCAGUAGAUGGUCUGAGUAAGGCCUGUGGGUGCAGGCAGGCAGCCCCUCCGUCUACCCAGAGACUUGGACUGUGCGGUUGGCUUGGGGCAGCUGGGUUUGUCCUGGAUGUAUGAUAUUGUUAUUAUAAUAAUUAUUAUUAUUCUGC